AUGGCGUUACGUGAGCAACUUGUGGCGCUUGAUCAGGCUAUACGUGUGAAGGGCGAUGAGGGAAAACAUGAGUAUACAGAUGCAUGGAGCAAUCACGACCUCAUACCCUUGCCGCCGAGUCGAAGGACCUGGGGAUGGUUCAACUUCUUCGGCUUCUGGGCGAUCGCGUCCUUGAAUCUCGCUAAUUGGCAAACGCCAAAUACCUUUCUGACCAUGGGCCUUUCUGUGCCACAAUCUAUGCUCAUCAUCGUUGUGAGUAGGGUGCUGAUAGCUCUCUUUUCCACCCUUGUCGCUGCGGUUGGCUUGAAGUGGCACAUUGGAUAUACCGUGCAAAAUAGGUAUAGCUGGGGAAUGAGAGGAAGUUUUAUUCCACUCGCGCAAAGAAUCAUGCUGAACUUCAUCUGGAACGCAGUUCAAUGUUGGAACGGUGGCCGGCUUAUCGCAGUAUGCCUGACUGCAAUUUGGCCCUCUUAUGCACGUAUGAAGAAUACCUUUGGGCCAGAUAUGCCGACCACGACGGACCAAUUUCUUGGCUUUGUGAUUUUCUGGAUCAUAUCAACACCCUUUCUCUGGCUUCGACCCGAAAGAUUCAAGAUACCAUUCUUGAUCUUGGUUAUAUGGUGUGGCACUGGAAUGCUGGCUUGGAUGAUCUGGGCUCUCGCAGUGGCAAAGGGCGUAGGCCCACUCUGGAAUUCGGGACAAAAUGUCCCUGCUGGAUCUCCGUUUGGCACUUCGUGGCUGAUUCUGGCUGGCAUCAAUCAGAGUAUCGGUGGGCUAGCUGCCGGCAUAACGAAUGGAUCCGACUUCUCCCGCUAUGCGCGCGCUCGCAGACACUAUGUGAUCGGCACGAUAGGUAGUUGUGUCAUUACCGGUAUCCUAGUCUCACUUGUAGGUCUUGUGACUGCUUCGGCGGCGCAGAAGAUUUAUGGUGAGGUGUAUUGGAACCCACCAGAUCUACUCAUGCGUAUGAUGGAUAACGGUGAUGGAUCAUCGAAAGCUCGUGCGGCUGUCUUCUUCCUAGCCGCAGGUUUCGCGUUUACGGCGAUGUUUGAGAACAUUUGCGGUAAUGCUGUGGCUGGCGGUAUUGAUCUGGCUGGCAUUUGGCCACGUUAUCUCGACAUACGACGCGGUGCUAUCAUCACAUUCUUUGCGGCGUGGAUAGUUCAACCCUGGCAACUCAUCAAUCGAGCGGAGACUUUCAUCUCUGUGCUGUCCUCGUUUUCAGUCUUCCUGGCGCCAAUCAUCGGUAUCAUGACCUGUGACUAUUAUUUGUUACGAAAGCGGCGGAUUCGACUGAGCCACUUGUAUCGCACAAACGGUUCGAGCUACUACUUCUGGAAGGGGUUGAAUUGGCGAGCGAUACCAGCGUGGAUUUGUGGAUGGGCACCCACCAUUGGUGGCCUUGUGGUGAGUGUCAGAGGAGAUGCACAGCCACCGAGAGCACUGAUACAGCUAUAUUAUAUGGCUUUCCUCAUCGGUAAGCAAUGCCAAUUUGUUGCCAAGGCCAAAGUCAACUCACAUUUGUAUCAUGUAGGAUUCGCAAUCAGUGCUGUCAUAUUCUACAUUUUGAACAUGAUUUUCCCAGUUCAAAGCAUGGAUCAGAUUGAUGACGUAGAUCUGUAUGAUACCUUCACCAAGCCGGAGGCUAGAAGGAUAGAAGUCCUUCCGCUGGAGCAGUCCGAGCGGGAAUCCAAGGACAACGUCAGAUUUGCCGAUGAGAACCGGUCAUGA